CACCGCAACAACUCCAUUCAUCAUCUAUCAUAUUUGAUUUCCAAUUCUAAUAUCCAAUCCGAAACCCUAAUUUUUCUUCAAAGUUCCAAAUUCUCAAUUCUCAAUGGCGCCAAAGGGAGAGAAGAAGCCCGCUGAGAAGAAACCUGUUGAAGAGAAGAAGUCUACGGUGGCCGAGAAGUCUCCUGCCGAGAAGAAACCCAAAGCCGGAAAGAAGCUUCCCAAGGAAGCCGGUGCCGCCGCCGGAGACAAGAAGAAGAAGAGAAACAAGAAGAGCGUGGAGACAUACAAGAUCUACAUCUUCAAAGUUCUGAAGCAGGUUCACCCUGACAUCGGUAUCUCAAGCAAGGCCAUGGGAAUCAUGAACAGCUUCAUCAACGACAUCUUCGAGAAGCUUGCUGCUGAAUCUUCCAGACUUGCAAGGUACAACAAGAAGCCAACAAUCACAUCGAGGGAAAUUCAGACUGCGGUCAGGCUUGUUCUGCCUGGAGAAUUGGCUAAGCAUGCUGUUUCUGAAGGGACGAAAGCUGUCACUAAGUUUACAAGGGAGAAGAAGCCCGCUGAGAAGAAACCUGUCGAAGAGAAGAAGUCUACGGUGGCCGAGAAGUCUCCGGCCGAGAAGAAACCCAAGGCUGGAAAGAAACUUCCCAAGGAAGCUGGUGCCGCCGCCGGAGACAAGAAGAAGAAGAGAAACAAGAAGAAUGUGGAGACAUACAAGAUCUAUAUCUUCAAAGUUCUGAAGCAGGUUCACCCUGACAUCGGUAUCUCAAGCAAGGCCAUGGGAAUCAUGAACAGCUUCAUCAACGACAUCUUCGAGAAGCUUGCUGCUGAAUCUUCCAGACUUGCAAGGUACAACAAGAAGCCAACAAUCACAUCGAGGGAAAUUCAGACUGCGGUCAGGCUUGUUCUGCCUGGAGAAUUGGCUAAGCAUGCUGUUUCUGAAGGGACGAAAGCUGUCACUAAGUUUACAAGUGCUUGAGAUUUGUAGUGGUUAUUAUAGAUUUAUCUAUGCUAGCAUUAGGUCUGAAUUAGCGUGUAACUUUUUUUAAAUCAAAUGAAUCCUUGUGUAUUAAUUUGUUAAUCUCUGUUAUUGGUUAUAGGAGAACUUGCAGUAUUAUAACUUCA